UCUUUAAUAAUUAUAAAGAUUGCGCGUUUUUUUUUUUUAUCCAAAAAUUCUGAAAACUUUUAGAUUUUUUUACCCAGCACAUUCGAUUACAAAGAACCAAGGCAUCCCGUGUACGAAGUCUAUUCCGAUCUUGACAGUAGGGAUGUAUUCCAGACAGAGGGGCGAUUCAACAUUGCAUACUAAUAAAUAAGCAAAUGGUUUCAUUCCUAUCUAUGUUGAAUCUUUUAAUCUUCAAGUGAAACGCCUCGACAUGCCAUCAGUUAGUUGUCCAGUGCCUGGCUGCACCUACACCACGCCAGACCUCGAUGCUGUCAUCAUUGCUGCACUACUGACAACCCAUGCUACCACGCAUUCGAAUCAACCUACAUCGGUAUCACCCACGGCCAAGAUUGAACGAGUGAGACGUCCCACUGUUACUUUAGCCGGAACCUCUGAGGAUUGGAAAUACUUCCUGACCCGCUGGAUUGAGUACAAGACCGCUACCAAAAUCACAGGUAGAGAUGCUGUUCUCCAACUCCUUGAAUGCUGUGACGAGCAGUUGCGCAGAGACCUCACCCGAUCCACCACUGGCAUGUUGGCCGAAAAAAGUAAGGAUGUCAUCCUUGCUUCAAUGAAAUCACUCGCUGUCAGGGAGGAAAACGUUAUGGUUGCACGAGUUGCCUUAAACAAUAUGAAUCAAGAUCCUGAUGAGCCAAUAAGAUCGUUUGGGGCUAGAUUGAAAGGUCAAGCUGGUGUAUGUAAAUAUGUUAUUCCCUGCCCCUCGUGCAGCCACGAUUCAUAUUCUUCUAUUUUUACUGAGUAUCGCCUGGAUUUUCAAACUUUAGGAAACUGGAUCUACACAAAACAAAUUCGUGAGCAUUCCGUCCCAAGGAGCCCUUUGAGAUGAACUUGAAAAUUUCGAAUGAUUAUUUCAAAAAACUAGAGAAGACAAGAUUGUCUAAGAAAACAUCCCACAAAAUAUUAGGAUAUUAUAUGCACAUAUUUAAUUUUUGUAAUUUAUUAUAUAAAAUUAAGAAAAUUUAUUUAUAUUCUGUUGGCAGGACUGAAUAAAUCCAGGAAGGAGAGCGGAGGGGAUUUUUUAGAUGUAGCUGAGAUAGUCUUGAAAACACUACUUUCCCAUUCUGACAGAACUGAAUUGAAUAUUUUAGCCUAGAUCUGGAACCCAAAAAAUUUCUAGGGAAGCACAAACAUGUUAACCCUGGUUGGUUGACGAAUACCAUGGUAAUAUAUAUCUAAACAUUUCCAAUGUUUUUAAAAAAUCUUAGACAAAUAAGUGUUUUUUAAAAUCCUCGUUUUUAAGUAACUCCGUUCCAGUGCGUUUUUGCUUAAGCAUUGUAUUAUAUUACGUUUUCAAAAUCGCAUGUAUACCAGCUGUGACAAUACGUUUUGAGAAAUCGUUGAGAUAGGAAAUUAAUUUUAUUCUUUCUGACUAACUGAGAACAUAUUAUAUCAAAUGCAAUAAACUACGGAUAACUUUUAUAUAUUUAUACACUUUAGUACGAAUAAUUUUAAUAAAACGAAAAGUUUGAAUCCCAAGGUUGGAAUUAAUGAAUGUCUCUUCACAUCUGUCUCAAUUCUCUUAACGUCUUGCACAUUCAAUAAUCUAACAUCAAAUUUGUCCCAUUUGUUGACAAUGCUAUUCAUUAAAUUAUACUCUUAAAGAUUGAUCACGUGAAGAGGGACUAUACAUGUGCAGCGCUUUCCAAUGGUGUGUCAGGAAGCAAGGUGGUUUCAGAUGACCCUCUACCUUGCAGUGUCCCUCGACGGUUCCUGUAUACAAGUAAAGAUAGCACACAUAUUGCUAAAACGCCACCAACAGCUAUCCAGAUGUACACAUGGACCGACAUUUUCUUCUUUUUGUUGGAAAUGAUUUUAACGUUGUUUUCACUAA